AUGGCAAACCUUUUAGCGCUAAUCAUAAUCUUAUUUGCUAUUGAUUUUGUACAGGAUGGUUUUGGCUAUGCUACAGCAUCACCAACGAUGGCAGCCAAAAAAAUUGUCAUGACCGUGGUCCUCAACGUAGAGUACAAUCAUCCAGUAACAUUUUACUGGUCUUUUGAUGAAAAACAUGCAAAAUGGCUCGUUAAAACAAGGGAGGAUCUUGAUCGCUUCAAUAAAAAAGUCAAGGAGUCUUACGAAGAUGAAAAUGGAAAAUUUACUGUUGUCUAUAAAGUACGGGGCAGUAGUUGCGAGCAGAUGACCGAAUAUGCCCGUGCAAAUUUGGUGAAUGUUGACUUCAUCAUUUCCAUCAGAAUUAAAUGUGGAGAGAAACAGCUGGUCCUAAAACCAUGAGUCUUUUUCAAUAAAUCAAUGUGUAACAUAAUGAGUUUUGUCAUUAGAAUGGAUCCCGAGGUUGCGUUCAGAGUUGCC